CCAGUCCCUACCAUCGAAUUUUAGCGGGAAGAAAGCAGCCUCCCAAAUCCAAAUUCUCCAAUCCCGAAACGCUUUUGAGGCAAAGGCAAAGUCUUGUUCAAGGCAUUGUCUUCUCCCAUUUGCUCCUUCAGAAUCUCUCAUUGCGGAAGCAACCAAAAGGACCCAAACCCCAAAUCGCACUCUUCAAAAUUCGUUUUAUCUUCUUUUUACUAGUGUAUAUAACCAGAAUGUCAUUCAUCAUCACUGCCCAUUGCUCUAAAACCACUCUAUACCCAUGGCCAGUUCUAGCGGGACGAAAAGGCCGCCGCCUCCGCCGCCGCCGUUUGCCAGGUUGAUGAGGAGUAGAGACCCAAAGAAUGAAGAUUAUAACAUUCUUCCGUUUGAUGAUUCGCCAAUCAUGAAGCUUCCCGAGAUUAAGACUGCCGUUGAAGCCGUUUGUAAAAUGGAGAAUCUCCCAAGAAUCAAUGGUCUUGUCGAAAAAGACAUAUUUAAUUGGCUUUUUUCUGUUCUGGGAUUUCAGAAAGGGAAUGCAUCAAACCAGAGGGAGCACUUAAUAGUUCUACUGGCCAAUAUUCAUACAAGGAGGAAGGAUCUUGGGCUUUAUGAUGAGGUUGAGGCAACGAAAAGGACCAUACGGCAACUGAAGAAUGAAUUUUUCAGCAAUUAUGAAUCAUGGUGUAAAUAUAUGCAUAUUCCAUCUUGUUUCAGCAAGAACGAGAGGUACUCGGAAGCAGAGCAACAGCAGCUGCAUCUCAUUUACAUUGCGCUCUAUCUUCUUAUAUGGGGUGAAGCUUCAAAUGCUAGAUUCAUGCCUGAAUGCAUUUGUUACAUAUUCCAUAAAAUGGCAAAUGAUGUCCAUCAAAUUUUAUCUACCACCGACACAACCCAGAUACCAGAUGAGAGCUUUUUAAGUAAUGUUAUAAAACCUAUUUACCUGAUCCUAUCUAAGGAAGCUGGAAAAAACAAAGAAGGCAAGGCAAGCCAUUAUCGGUGGAGCAACUAUGAUGAUCUAAAUGAGUGCUUUUGGUCUGAAAUGUGUUCUUCUGAGCUACAUAAUCGAAAAGAAGGGAUGCCAUUGCCACCUGCAGAUAAGAUUCUGAACCAAUUUUUUGCUGGGAACCAAUUCAAUAUUGAAAGGUGGAAGCCCAAAAGUAAUUUUGUUGAAGUACGCACAUUUUGGCAGCUUUAUAGAAGUUUUGACCGAAUGUGGAUUUUCUUCAUAAUGGCUUUGCAGGCCAUGAUAAUUGUUGCAUGGACACAUUCUGGAUCCAGUUUUGAAGAUGUCUUAAGAAGAAUAUUGAGCAUUUUCAUUACUUACUCUAUUCUCAGUUUUCUGCGAGCUAUUCUGGAUAUAAUUCUUAGUAUCCAUGCUUGGAGGUGCUCUCAACUUGGCCAACUAUUGCGCUACCUUCUGAAAUUGGUGGCGGCAUCUAUCUGGGUAGUAGUUUUGCCGGUAGCAUAUUCCACCUCUGUGAAUGAUCCAACAGGACUAUUGAAGUUCCUUAACCAAUGGACUGGAGAUUCACAAAAUCAAUCAUUGUAUAAUUAUCUUGUUGCACUUUAUAUGAUGCCUGAUGUACUGGGUAUUAUACUGUUCUUGCUUCAACCUUUGAGGGAAAAGAUUGAGCUAUCGGAUUGGCCAGUAAUUAAUAUUAUGUGGUGGGCUCAGCCAAAACUUUAUGUUGGAAGAGGCAUGCAUGUGGGGACAUUUUCACUUCUAAAGUAUACGCUAUUUUGGAUAUUGGUGCUGUGUGUCAAGCUCUCAUUCAGUUACUUUGUGGAGAUAUUGCCACUUGUUCGACCAACAAAGUUAAUCAUGAAGAUAGAUGUAAAUGACUACCUGUUGUAUAAGUUUGCUCCAAAUGUAAAACACAAUAUGGGAGUCAUUAUUGCAAUAUGGGCUCCAGUUGUCCUAGUUUAUUUCAUGGAUGUUCAAAUAUGGUAUGCCAUCUUUUCUACUCUUUUAGGCGGAGCUCUAGGAGCUUUCAGACACUUGGGCGAGAUUCGAACAAUUGGGAUGCUGCAGUCCAGAUUUGAAUCUAUGCCUUCUGCUUUUGACCGCUGUUUUGUGCCAUCAUCAGGCCCUGAUGCAAAGGCAAAAAACUGGCGCACUUCGAAAGAACCAAAAAACAUGUCAAAAUUUUCUCAGAUGUGGAAUGCUUUUAUACAUUCAAUGCGAAUGGAGGAUCUGAUUAGCAAUAGGGACAGAAAUUUGCUGCUUUUACCCUCUUCUCCAAAUGAUGAGUCUAAGGUUCAGUGGCCACUCUUCUUGUUAGCCAGUAAAAUUCCUGCUGCAUUAAACAUGGCAAAAGAGUUUAAGGGGGAGGAUGAUACUGAGUUAAGAAAAAUUAUUGGGAGAGAUAAAUAUACUUAUGCAGCCAUACGAGACUUUUAUUACAAACUGAAGCAUAUUGUAUGUUCCCUUCUAGAAGAUGAAGAUGACAGGAAGAUUGUAGAGGAUGUCUAUGGUGCUAUCACUGAAAGUUUAGGUAAAAAGGUUUUUUUGAGAAACUUCAACGUGAGUAGCAUGCCUUUGCUGGCUGUAAAGUUGGAGAACCUCCUAAAGAUCUUGAUGGCUGAACAACUGGAUGAUAAAGCAUUCAAGAAUCAAAUCACCAUUGCUCUUCAGGAUAUUAUGGAGAUUAUAAUACUUGAUGUGAUGAUUGAUGAUAAAUCUACUCUCGAAGGAGAUCUGAAAAACAACCAAAUCUCUCAUAAGUACUAUAAAAAGCAGAGAUUUAGAAAGAUAAAUACUAGUGAUGUCAAAAGCGAAUACUGGAGCGACAAGAUCAUUAGGCUUCAUUUGCUUUUGACUGUCAAGGAAUCUGCCACUGAUGUGCCUCUGAAUUCAGAGGCUCGUCGUCGAAUCACUUUUUUUGCAAAUUCCUUAUUUAUGAAUAUGCGAAGUGCACCAAAAGUCAGUAACAUGCGUUCCUUCAGUGUUUUGACGCCACAUUACAAAGAAGAUGUUCUUUACUCUAUUGAUGAACUUACCAAAGAAAAUGAGGAUGGGGUAUCAAUUCUGUUUUACCUGAAGACGAUUUAUCCAGAUGAAUGGACCAAUUUCAAGGAGCGCAUGAACAACAAACCUCCGCAAGAUUGUCUUCGUGAGUGGGUGAGCUACAGAGGACAGACACUCUCUAGAUCAGUAAGAGGGAUGAUGUACUACAAGAAGGCUCUAGAACUUCAGUGCUCCAUGGAAUUUGCUGAUUGUAAUGCUGUUUCAAACGAUGAUCAUGUUCGAGAGAAAGUAUUACCUGAUUUGAAGUUCACCUAUGUUGUUUCUUGUCAGAUAUAUGGAAUUCUGAAACGUUUGAAAGAUCCUCGUCAAAAGGACAUUCUAAAUCUUUUGCUAAUGUAUCCAUCACUGCGUGUUGCUUACAUAGAUGAAGUAGAUGAAGUUUAUUACUCUGUUCUUCUCAAGGGUGAUGCGAACACUCAUCAUGAAAGAGAAAUAUACCGUAUAAAACUUCCAGGUCUUCCAACAAAAAUUGGUGAAGGGAAACCUGAAAAUCAAAAUCAUGCAAUUAUAUUUACUCGUGGAGAGGCCUUGCAGACUAUAGACAUGAACCAGGACAAUUACUUUGAAGAGGCUUUUAAAAUGAGAAAUGUAUUGGAAGAGUUCCCGCAUUCCCAUGGUUCGCAAAAACCUACAAUAUUAGGUUUAAGAGAGCAUGUCUUUACGGGAAGUGUUUCAUCACUUGCUUGGUUUAUGUCCAAUCAAGAGACCAGUUUUGUAACUAUUGGCCAGCGCUUUUUGGCAAGUCCUCUGAGAGUACGUUUCCAUUAUGGUCAUCCUGAUAUAUUUGACAGAAUCUUCCACAUAACAAGGGGUGGAAUAAGCAAAGCUUCAAAAACUAUAAACUUAAGUGAGGACAUAUUUGCAGGGUUCAAUUCAACUCUUCGUCUUGGGUCUGUGACACAUCAUGAUUAUAUGCAAGUUGGAAAGGGACGUGAUGUGGGGAUGAAUCAGAUAUCACUUUUUGAGGCCAAAGUUGCAAAUGGAAAUGGGGAACAAACACUUAGUCGUGAUGUCCACCGACUUGGAUGUCAUUUUGACUUCUUCAGAAUGCUAUCAUUCUACUGUACAACAGUUGGCUUCUAUUUUAACAGCAUGGUUGUCGUCCUUGUUGUGUAUGUAUUCCUUUAUGGGCGUUUGUACAUGGUUAUGACUGGAUUGGAAAAAGAGAUUCUAGAGGAUCCACAAAUAAAACAUAAUAGUGCCAUGGAAGCAGCUUUACUUACACAAUCUUUCAUUCAGAUGGGCAUGUUAUUGGUAUUGCCCAUGUUAAUGGAGAUUGGCUUGGAGAAGGGGUUCCGCGCUGCAUUGGGUGAUUUUAUCCUUAUGCAGCUGCAGCUUGCUUCUAUGUUCUUUACAUUCCAGCUUGGAACAAAAGCACAUUAUUUUGGUAGAACAAUCUUGCAUGGAGGUUCUAAAUAUCGAGCUACUGGGCGUGGUUUUGUUGUUCGACAUGCUAAGUUUGCUGAUAACUAUAGGCUUUACUCACGAAGUCACUUUGUGAAAGCAUCGGAACUGAGUCUACUGCUUAUCAUAUAUGAAGUCUAUGGAGAAUCAUAUAGAAAUUCAAGUCUUUAUUUGUUCAUCACCUUUUCAAUGUGGUUUCUAGUAGGAUCUUGGCUAUUUGCUCCCUUUGUAUUCAAUCCAUCUGGUUUUGAAUGGCAAAAGACAGUGAAUGACUGGGCAGAUUGGAAGCAGUGGAUGGGAAUCCGUGGUGGUAUUGGUAUCCAGCCGGAGAAAAGUUGGGAGUCAUGGUGGGAUGAAGAACAAGAGCACCUUAGAUACACAAGCAUGAGGGGAAGGGUCCUCGAAAUUCUUCUUGCACUUCGUUUUUUCGUCUACCAGUUUGGAAUAGUCUACCACCUUGAUAUAGCCCAUCACAGCAGGAGUUUGCUGGUUUAUGGACUCUCUUGGUGCGCUGUUUUAGUAAUACUUAUAGUCCCAAAGAUGGUAUCUGUACGUAGACUACAGAUGUUUCAUAUGGACCUCCAGCUACCACUCAGAAUGCUGAAGGGACUUCUUUUCCUCAUCUUCUUGGCAAUCAUGAUCAUCUUAUUCAAACUAUGUGGCCUCACUUUGUCAGAUUUAUUUGCAUCUAUCCUUGCCUUCAUGCCCACCGGCUGGGGUUUCAUUCUUGUUGGGCAAGCCUGCAGGCCUUGCCUGCAUAAGUUACUGUGGGAGCCAAUGAAGGAGCUGGCCAGGGCAUAUGACUUCAUGAUGGGAUUGGUGCUCUUUACACCCAUUGCCCUUUUAUCAUGGCUCCCAGCGGUAUCCGAAUUCCAAACUCGCAUUCUCUUUAAUCAAGCAUUCAGCAGAGGCCUCCAUAUAUCUAUGAUUCUUGCUGGAAAGAAAUAUGGAGGAGCCUCCUCGACGUAGUGCGUCUCAGUGUGCUUAGUAGUUUGUAUUUAUUUUGCUUCUGGCUAUUGCAAGAGCUCUGGCUAGUGACUGCCUUUGGUGUUACCUUCCUUUAUGCCAUCCUUGGCCGUCAGCAUUUUUUUCUUUCGAGUUGUCCCUUUCCUAGUUUUUUACCCUUGGUUUGACUUUGUGA